AUGGAAGAAGAACCUGUGCACAUCGGAGGUUUGUCGGUGGAAGCCACCUUCGCGGAACUGGGAGUACCUGACGCCGAAGCAGCGACGCACGGCGUGGUACAAGUACAAGACCACGAUGGAUUUUCAGGAGACCCCCCCCAAUUGACGCCUCCCCAGCAACAUCCGCACGGUAGUCGCAAAAUUCAAGUCUCGCUCUCAAGUAACGUAUCUGUGGAUCAGACGAAAUCCAAUUUGGAGGUUGGGCCGCCAAUGGGUGAGCCCUCCUCUAAAUAUGCACCCAUGGCGACUCUCGCGGUUCGUCCCAAUGUCCUGGACGAAGCUACCCACGAAAUGCUUGACGCACGUGUCGUCGAGUUCGUGGGCGAUUUUGUCAAACUUCCCCGCGAAGACUUUCUUUCAAUCACACAUCCGGAGUUGGGUCCUAAGUUAGAUGAUGCAUGGAACGCUCAAUCGUUCAAGGAGAUACGAAACUUGGAAAUUCUUCGUCCAACUGUCCAGCCUGUGGGUUCUGCCAACCCUGAUGCGAUACUUGAUUCUCAAUCAUCUGAAGAUGCGUCGGUCAAGUCGUGGUCUUCCAGUUACAGAGGAAACGCCGCCGACAUUCUUUACCAGUACAUGACGGGACAAAAUAUUCCUCAUGCAUAUGCUCCCCUCUUACCAAUCGUACAGUCCUCUGGCAUGGGAAAAUCGCGAAUGGUCGACGAGUUCUCCAAGCACAACUUUGUUGUCCCUUUCAAUCUCCGUGUGGGAUAUGGAGGAUAUCCGGCUCCUGACGAAAAUAUCUUGCUUUGGUUCUUAGCCCCUGGCUUCAAAGAACAUGAAAACGAUGCUCGUUUCAGCGCAUUUCUCACUGCGUUGUUCGAGAAAUUAUCCGACGUCAUUGGAACACUGCAAUCAAGUAUCCGCGACUCUUCUGAGCUCUCGGAGGCCGAGAAGUCGGCCGCAUUAUUGGAGUAUCCUAGUUCCCUUGCCGGGCAGUUUCGACUUUUUAUGACAGUUGGACAGCGGUUUAGUAAACAAGCUCCUCUACGUGUAAAAUUUUACGACGACGUGGUGGCGAGAGCGAACGAGGCAAGUCUCUGUUCUGUGUCGCCACUAUGUCACUCACCAUCGAGGCAGCUAUAUAACAGGCCGAUGACUCCUACAGAAAAGAAAACACCGCCCGGGAAGUUCACAAGCACAGACGGUCUUUCCCGGCAGGUUGAACUUGAUUCUGUCGUCAAAACAGUAUUAGCGAAGAUCGACGGUGAAUUCGAGCUCAAAGCGCAGCGUACUCCCAUAUUGAGUUUGGCGUUCGAUGAAGCCCACACCUUGGCGCUUUCAUAUACUGGUAGAGGGCCGACCCAAUUCACAUCGUUGAGACGCGCAUUGCGGGGUUUAUGGUCGUUCCCUAUCUGGAGCCUCUUCUUAUCUACAACAGGAAAAUCUGACCAGUUCUCCCCUCCACAUUCCCAUGAUCCAUCGAGCCGCAUCCUCCGAGGUCAACUUGCCAGUGUCAAACCGUUCAGCGCACUGGGUUUCGAUCACAUGGCGAUGGAAUUUCAUGAGGGCAUGACUCUGAAUGAUGUCACUGCAUGGAUAACACGUUACCAAGAGGGCGGAAAACACGUCAAAGACACGAUCACCGUAUUUGCUAUCGAAAAACUUCUCUGUCGUGCAUGGAAAAGGGACGACUUGGCCCCUGAGGAACGGUUUGCCGUGAUGUCUCGUCGUCUUGUGCUGGACUUCGAUACGAGCAUUUACGUUGGUCAGCAUCGACCGUUGGCAAACAGGAACCAGAUGACUCAAGUCGAGAAGCACAUGCGCGUAUGCUUGAGUGUCAAGGAAGGGUUUGAGUCUGUCGUCACGGUUGCAGCGUCGGAGCCGAUCCUCACUGAGGCCGCGGCUACCAUCUUGUGCACCAUCCGAAAUAAGGUCCCGUCCUGUCAGAUGUUACGAGACAUAUUGCAGUGGCCUGGACUGAGUGAGGGAGAUCGGGGAGAACUCGUUAUCUGCAACAUUAUUAUCGACACCCUAGAUGGCCUUAUGUCUAGGGAAGGGGAAUGGAAGCCAGGGGGGGUCCCAGUGACCUCGUUGUUCAAGGCUCUCUUUGCCCGCGGGAUCUACGACAGGUCGAUCAAGGAUUCUUUGCCCUCAAUGACAUACAGUCGCAAAAAAACAUUUGCUGCGACAUUCAAGAACUCACGCAUCUACGUUACGUAUUUUAUCAAGGUUCAUGAUUUCAAGGUACUCUCUGUUCAGUAUCUCUUUAAGCUUGCUGUUCGGGGCGUCGGAGUUGUCUGUGCGGAUAAUCAACGUGGCGUUGAUGUGGUCAUCCCAAUUCUCUACAAAGGCACGGUACUGCAAAAGGACAAUAUGACUGUCUUCAUGAUACAGUCGAAGAAUGAUCGCUCUUACAACACCAGACCGUUGCAAGACCUAUUUGACAAGAUGGACCCGUUCAAGCUUGGAAUUUUCACCAAAUCAAUAAAACCACCCCCAGUGAUUUGA